AUGUAUUUUAUUUUAGCAUUAUUUAGUGGUAUAGCAGGAUCAGCUAUGUCAAUAAUUAUUAGAAUGGAAUUAGCAGCGCCAGGAUCACAAUAUUUACAUGGUAAUAAUCAAUUAUUUAAUGUAUUAGUAGUAGGUCAUGCUGUAUUAAUGAUUUUUUUUUUAGCGAUGCCAGCAUUAAUUGGUGGUUUUGGUAAUUAUAUGUUACCAUUAAUAAUUGGAGCGACAGAUAUAUCAUUUCCAAGAAUUAAUUCAAUUGGUUUUUGA